AUGGCAACGCUAAUCAGCUCUGAUGAUGUGCCUGGAGGCCGCAAGCAGCUGAUUGGCCCACAUCAGAACCACAUUUGUGCCACCACGCACAGUGACCUGGUGCUGAGAGCAGUGGAGGCUGGGAUAGCGUACCGCGUCAUUCACAACGCCUCCAUCAUGAACGCCGUGGGCUGCUGUGGCCUCCAGCUUUAUAACUUUGGGGAGACUGUGUCCAUCGUGUUCUGGACAGACACCUGGAGACCCGAGAGCUUCUACGACAAAAUCAAGAGGAACCGAGACGCCGGGAUGCACACUCUCUGCCUUCUCGAUAUCAAAGUCAAAGAGCAAUCCAUGGAGAAUCUCAUGAGGGGCAGAAAGGUGUAUGAUCCUCCUCGCUACAUGACUGUCGCCCAGGCUGCAGGCCAGCUGCUCGAGAUCAUCCAGAACCGCCGCGAACGAGGGGAUGAUCUCGCGCUGACGGAGGAGACGGUGUGUGUUGGGCUCUCCCGCGUGGGCUCGGACGAUCAGCUGAUCCGGGCAGGCUCGCUGCGUGAGCUGGCGUCAUGUGACCUGGGCGCUCCACUGCACUCCAUGCUCGUCACGGGACACCUGCACCCGCUGGAGGUCGACAUGCUCCGCCUCUUCUGCUCAGACACCAAUGGGCUGCAGAGCCUGAAGAUGACGGACAGCUCCACCUACAUAUCAUAGCCACGCCAGGGGGAGGGGCCGGGAAGAGGAGGAUGCUGGGAUGGCAUUGGGACGUGCCCGCCCUGAGAGAGGAAGGAGGAACCCGCUGCCGGAACGCAGAGUGUGUUGUGAAGACGUUUCUGAGAUGUUUAGAGAGCGUUCUGUGAGCGGGGUUGCAUGGACGUUGAGUGUUGUGAAGACGUUUCUGAG